UAUUCGACUCAUCGUUCUCGAUGUACAACUCACUGCACACAACGUAAGCGCGAGAGAAAGAGGUGCGGUGUUUUGUUGCGUGAUUGCGAGAGUUGUUUGCGAGUUGUCCGAUGUCCGAGCGUGUGUGUUUGUUAUGCUGAACGAUAAUUAAUUAAAUAUUUUAAACAAUAGAUUUAAUAUUUAUAACGAAAUAUAAAUCAUCCUUACAUAAUAAUAAAACUCUUGGUCGGUCCUAAAAAUAAUAAGGUCACCUGAGCGAGCGAAGAGAGGGCCAGCAGCGAGAACGUAAAAAAAAAGUGUGUACGAGAAAGUAUACACGAGAGUGAGCGAGAAAGAACGAGAGUGUGAGAGAGAGAUAAAAUAUUUAUUACAAGUAAACGAGAACGGGAGCUGACGGAAAAGAGAAAGAGAUAGGAAGUUUUGAGAGAAGAAUAAAAAAUAAAAAAAAAAACAUUUGGACGUUUGGUGAACUCUGAUAGCUGGGAUUACUGACUGCUGCUCCACGGCUGUCUGCCCUCCAUUCUCAAAGUUAAACUACAGAACUAUCUUAGCCAGCAACUUGUAAAACCAAAAUGUCAUCAUACAUUCAGGUCGCCGAAGACGAGGGCGAAGAACCGAUAGAACUCCCAACUGAGGAUGAUUCAACGUUGUUGUUAACAACUCUGUCGGCUCAAUUUCCCGGUACGUGUGGUCUCAAAUACCGCAAUCCGGAGUCACGUACAAUGCGGGGUGUGCGUCUAGUUGAUGGUCGUCUGCAUGCGCCGGAAAAUGGCUGGGGCAAAGCUGUCUAUUUCUGCGUAUUUCCAAAAGAAAAUAAACGUAAAUCAGAUGACAAUUUGGAAAAUUCAACUGCCAAGACCAAGAGAAUGGAGACUAAAUUACGAUGCACUGACCUUAUUGUACUUGGACUGCCGUGGAAAACAACGGAGCAAAAUUUGCGCGAAUACUUUGAGACAUUUGGCGAGGUUUUGAUGGCCCAGGUGAAAAAAGAUCCUAAAUCAGGUCAAAGUAAAGGAUUUGGAUUUAUAAGAUUUGGAAGUUAUGAAUCACAAUUACGGUGUCUUGCUCAGCGGCACAUGAUUGAUGGCAGAUGGUGUGACGUUAAAGUUCCCAACAGCAAGGAGGGAAUGAUUCAACAAGUACCGUGCAAGGUAUUCGUGGGCCGCUGUACUGAAGAUUUAACAGCCGACGAUCUACGUGACUACUUUUCAAAAUUUGGCGAAGUUACGGACGUGUUCAUUCCAAAGCCGUUUCGUGCAUUCUCAUUUGUUACCUUCCUAGAUCCUGAGGUGGCCCAGUCACUGUGCGGCGAGGAUCACAUAAUAAAAGGCGUCUCGGUUCACGUUUCCAACGCAGCGCCAAAGUCCGAGGGUAACAAUCGUAACUUUAACAAUCAGAUAAACUCAAAUAUGCGCGGACGUGGUAUGGGCGGCCCGAUAGACAACAACAUGCAGGGAAACUACCAAGGGAAUCGAUACAUGGGUCACUCCGGUAACAACAUGGGCCCGAAUGGAUGGAAUAAUCCUGGUAAUAGAGGUAAUUUGGAUAUGCCUAAUCUACAAGCUUUGGGAAUCACUGGACAAAAUAAUGGAGGUGGCGGUGGAGGUAUGUCAAACCCUCUGACAAUGGGUGGCUUAAACCUCUCCGCACUGCCUGUCAAUCCGGCUCUAGUUGCAGCGGCGAUAAAUCAAGCCUCAUGGGGUCUUAUUGGUAAUCUACAGAGCCAAGGAAAUGAUCAAGGAUACUCAAACCAACCUGGACCACCUGGACAACCGCCAUCUGGUAACAAUAGUCUAGGCAAUAGCGGUAACUCUGGAUUUCUUAAUUGGAUGAAUCAAGGCGGUGGCGGUGAUGGCAACACUGGUAAUCCAGGUACCGGUGGACCUGGUGGUCCCAACAAUCCAAAUGGUUCGCAAGGCACAUGGCAAAAUCAUCCAGGUCAACGUGAUGGUAAAACGAAUACAUUUCUUAAGUACGAGUAAAUUCAGUCGGGACUCUGAGUCUACUCGUAAAAGACGGGCGCGUUCCCUCAGUCCCGAAACAUUGGCAUCGAAUAAUAGCAAAGGUACAAAAAAAUAUAAAUAAUCCAUUUUUUUUAAUUACUAUUUUUCAUUUUCUUCAUUUUUUUUUUACAUCAAAUUCAUUAAAAAAUUUUUAUUUGUGAUUAUUACUAUUAUUAUUUUAAUUUCUUUCAAAAUUUUUAAAAAAAAACUUAAACAUUUAUUUUGUCAACAUAUCUUUGAUGAGCUUUAUAAAUAAACAAAUAAUAUUUUUUUUUCUUUUUUUUUUACAAUUAAAUUGUUUGCACAUUUUGUAUCUAGCUUUUAAUAAUUCGCAGAUUAAAAAAAUGUCAACCUACCUUUGCCGUAAUUGAAUUAAAAUAAUUAAUUGUAUACAAUAUUAUAAAUUACGGGACGUCAAUAUAUACGAGGUUUUGCCGAAUUAAAUUUAUAAAAAUCAAGUUAAUUAAUCAGAUAAAUAAAAUCACAAUUAGUUAUAAUUUAAGUACACUAAAGGGAAGGCAGAAUUGAUUAUAUUAAUAAUAAUGAUGAAGUAAAUACAUAAAAAAAAAAAGAAAAAACUUUUUUUAACAAUAAUAUUAAGUAUGGAUUAAAACUUGAGCGAAUAAAAUAAAAAUGUUUUUAAAUGAAUGUGGAUGUAAAUCAGCGGACGGAAGAGUCGAUGAUAUUAAAAAUAAAUUUAAAAACAAAAUAAAUUAUGUAUUAAAGUCUUAUAAUGUAUUAGAAAACGCGUAAAUGUGCUUGGAUUAACUGAUUGCUUGCAACUUGCAGUGUGUUUUAAUAUUUAAAUACGAGGUAUGUCGAUGAUGUGAUGAGAAAAAAAAGAUAAAAAAAACUAAGUACGUCACUUAGAAAUCUUUCUAUUAUGAAAUGCGUGUAGGAAGAUGAUUGAUUUAUUGAUUAAUGAUGGUUACUGAUUUAAAUAUUAAUUAAUGAGACUAAUAAAAUAUUAAUAUUAAAUUAUAA